UCCAACUCUACUACAAAUUCUACAAUAUCAAUUAAGAGACAUGUUCAUAUCACAAUCCAACAAACUCUUUAGACUAAAACCUCUAGUUUUCAAAAUAGCACUACUUUUCUUGCUUGGCAUCACAACCAAUAGAAACCACCUCCCCACCAACCACCCUUCACUUUACACAAUGCCUUUCUAUGGCAACCUAAGCUUCCACAACAUCAACCAUGCAUCUAAAGACUUUGGCAAUAGAUACCAUCUCUACCCAAACUCCACCUCCAACAUUGCCCACAUCAUCAAACAUGUAUUCAACCUAGGCCUCACUUCCCAUCUCACCGUGGCCGCUCGCGGCCACGGCCACUCCCUCGAGGGCCAGUCCCUGGCCCCCCAGGGCGUGGUCAUCCACAUGGAGUCCUACAAAUCCCCGGGGAUGUCGUUCCACACCGCGGACCAUUACCCCUAUGUGGACGACUCAGCCGGUGAGCUAUGGAUAAACAUCCUCCAUGAGAGCCUCAAAAGGGGCCUCACUCCCAAAUCUUGGACCGACUACCUCCACCUCACCGUCGGCGGCACUCUCUCCAAUGCCGGCAUCAGCGGCCAGGCUUUCCGGCACGGCCCUCAGAUUAACAAUGUCUACCACCUACACGUCGUCACAGGCAGGGGAGAUGUGGUUACGUGCUCGGACGAGCAGAACGCCGAUCUCUUCAACGCAGUUCUCGGCGGAUUAGGUCAGUUUGGGAUCAUCACAGAGGCCAGAAUCGCUCUGGAACCAGCUCCUGCAAAGGUGAAAUGGAUCAGAGCAUUAUACUCUGAUUUCGCCACAUUCACCAACGAUCAAGAGCGUCUGAUAUCCUCUUCACGAGACUCUCUUGACUACUUGGAAGGAUUCGUCGUGAUAAACAGAACCGGACUGCUAAACAACAGGAGAUCCUCCUUCAACCCGAAGGAUCCAGUCCAAGCAGAACAGUUCACUUCCGCAGGAAGGGUUCUGUUCUGCUUGGAACUGGCAAAGUAUUUCAACUUAGAAGACGUCGGUUCGAUUGAACGGGAAGUGGACAGCCUUUUAGCCGAGUUAAGUUUCAUCCGCCCGACCUUGUUCAUGUCCGAGGUCUCCUAUGUGGACUUCCUAGACAGAGUCCACGUGUCGGAGAUGAAACUCCGCGAGAACAACCUGUGGGACGUGCCUCAUCCGUGGCUGAAUCUACUCGUGCCGAGAAGCAGCAUCCAUGGCUUUGCUAAGGAAGUCUUCCACAACAUUGUCAAGGACACAAGCAAUGGCCCUGUUUUGAUCUACCCUGUUAACAAAUCUAGAUGGAAAAACGGGACGUCAUUUGUGACGCCUGAGGAGGAUGUGUUCUAUUUGGUAGCGUUCUUGAGCUCAGCAGUGCCGUCUUCUGCAGGGAAAGACGGUCUGGAUGCCAUUUUAGCGCGAAACAGACGGAUUGUAAAGUUUAUUAGUGAGUCAAAUAUGGGGAUCAAACAAUAUUUGCCUCAUUAUAAUACCACACAAGAGUGGAUAGCGCAUUUUGGAGCAAAAUGGGAGAUUUUCUUGAGGAGGAAAAUGUUGUAUGAUCCCCUCACCAUCUUGGCGCCCGGGCAAAGGAUUUUCCCGAGGGCCAACGCCUUGGAACAGCACUGAAACUCCAAGCAAAAAAAAAAAUACAAUUAAAAGGAAUGAAAUAAAGGAGAUAAAUGAAGCCAGAUAAUAAGUGUACUAAUAGUAGAGGGGAAUGAGAAUUGUGGAAUUCAUGCAUGUAUCGUACCUAUUUAAUGUACACCAUAUAAUUCAAAAAGUAUGUAAAAGAGCAAAAAGUAGGGUUGAAUAUUCAAUUAGCUAUCAGUUAUAGUUAACGGAAUUAAUAUAAAUUGUAAUCGAUUGGUUAUAAUUGAUCUAAAUGUCAUAA